AUGCUCCGCGCGGCGCUCUCCCGCUCAGCCUCCGGGCUCCGCCGCUCGCCGGCGAUGGCCGCGGCCGCCCCGCUCUCCACCGCCGCCGCCGCCUCGUGGCUUUCCAACGGCCCCGCCUCGUCCCCGCCAAGGGUGCGCCUCCUCAUCGGUGGGGAGUUCGUCGAGUCGCGCGCCGACGAGCACGUCGACGUCACCAACCCCGCGACGCAGGAGGUGGUGUCGCGGAUCCCGCUCACGACCGCCGACGAGUUCAGGGCCGCCGUGGACGCCGCCAGGACGGCCUUCCCCGGGUGGCGGGGCACGCCCGUCACCACGCGGCAGCGCGUCAUGUUCAAGUUCCAGGAGCUCAUCCGGGCAAACAUGGACAAGCUUGCAGAGAACAUCACGACGGAGCAGGGGAAGACGCUGAAAGAUGCUUGGGGUGAUGUGUUUCGGGGUCUAGAGGUGGUGGAGCAUGCUUGUGGAAUGGGGACGCUACAAAUGGGUGAAUAUGUAUCAAAUGUUUCUAACGGGAUUGACACCUUCAGCAUUAGGGAGCCACUGGGUGUGUGUGCUGGAAUAUGCCCGUUUAAUUUUCCUGCUAUGAUUCCCCUAUGGAUGUUUCCUGUAGCAGUUACAUGUGGCAAUACUUUUGUCCUCAAGCCAUCAGAAAAGGACCCAGGGGCUGCCAUGAUGCUUGCGGAGCUAGCAAUGGAGGCUGGUUUACCUAAGGGUGUUUUGAACAUUGUUCAUGGUACACAUGAUGUUGUCAACAAUAUUUGUGAUGAUGAGGAUAUUAAGGCUGUAUCUUUUGUUGGUUCCAAUACAGCUGGUAUGCAUAUAUAUUCUAGAGCAUCGGCAUCAGGCAAGCGUGUUCAGUGCAACAUGGGAGCAAAGAAUCAUGCAAUUAUCCUUCCUGAUGCCGAUAAAGAUGCCACACUGAAUGCCCUUAUUGCUGCUGGGUUUGGUGCAGCAGGGCAAAGGUGCAUGGCAUUGAGCACUGCUGUUUUUGUUGGAGGUUCAGAAUCAUGGGAGGAAGAACUUGUCAAACGUGCAAGUGGUCUUGUUGUUAAUUCAGGAAUGGUUAAUGAUGCAGACCUUGGUCCAGUGAUCAGCAGAGAGGCCAAGGACCGUAUCUGCAAGUUAGUCCAAAAUGGUGUUGACAGUGGGGCGCGUCUUUUGCUUGACGGGAGAGAUAUUGUGGUUCCUAAGUUUGAGGAUGGCAAUUUUGUUGGUCCAACCAUUCUGGCUGAUGUUAAAAGUGACAUGGAGUGUUACAAGGAGGAAAUUUUUGGUCCAGUUCUUCUCUUGAUGAAGGCAGAGAGCCUGGAUGAUGCCAUCCAAAUUAUAAAUAGAAAUAAGUAUGGCAAUGGGGCUUCUAUAUUUACAACAUCUGGAGUCUCUGCAAGGAAAUUCCAGACAGACAUUGAAGCUGGACAGGUGGGAAUCAAUGUCCCAAUUCCAGUACCACUGCCAUUCUUCUCCUUCACGGGCAGCAAGGCUUCCUUCGCAGGAGACUUGAAUUUCUACGGCAAGGCUGGCGUGCAGUUCUUCACCCAGAUAAAGACAAUAACGCAGCAGUGGAAGGAGUCGCCGGCGCAGCGCGUCUCCCUCUCCAUGCCCACCUCGCAAAAGUGAGGUGGCAGGAACUCUCCCUCCACACUCUCCAGCGCUUCACACCUCUGGACAUAGGCGAUGCGAUUUGUGAAGUGAAGAGGAUGAUUGGUAGGCACGCGGCAGCACUCUCCCAUGCAUGGUCAUGGUACUAGUGUGCUCGCUCGCUCAAAGCCGGACACCAUGCAUGCUGCCUCGCUUGAAACAUCGAAUUAGCGGCCAGGUUUAGAGAUUGUUGAGCGCUGCCCGUUCUGCUGCGUAGAGAAUACAGUAAAAGCCACAGGCAUGCAGAAGGACGGGGUGUCAUGUGUAAACUCUCAAAAUAAGAGCAGAAAUAAAGAUGCCGUCGUGCCGGUUCUUCUCCAAAUCA